AUGAAUAGAUUUACCCUAAGGUUUAAAGAUUAUGCAUUAGAGUAACAGUAUGAAUAAAGCCAAUUUGAAAUGUACAGAACUAAAUCAAAUUACUACUUUUUAACUAUCUUUUUAGUAAUUUGUGUCCUUUAGUUCGUUUCAGAAUGGCUAUACUGUUCAUUAGAAACUGGACUUGCCUGGAAAUUAAUCAAUAUAGCCUUAAUAUUGUUUACAUUAAUUUUUCUUUGCAAAUAUCCACAAUUUGGAAAACAAGCCAUAUUCCUUGAAAAUCUUAUCUUGAUUUCAUAAAAGUUAUAACACCUAUAUUCCCAUAUGAAUAAAGAUGAUAAGAUAACUGAUCUAAUCACCCUUACAGAUUUAGAAUAUCACUUACAUAUUUUGUAGGUUUUCGAUAUAGGUUGCAUCUAAAUAGCCCUAUCAAUGGCUAACAACAUACUAAUGGAAUACUUUAUAGGUAAUCGUGUCAACAUAAUAUAUAUUUUCAAUUACAUUUUAUGUGCCACCAUCAAGAUUAUAGUUACGUAUUUCUUUAAAGAAUGGAGUAGAUAGCAAUUUACUCUAUUUUUAAAAGACCAACUCUGGUAACAGUAGCUUCCAAAUAUAAUCUAAAAACCAUUUUUUAAAUUCACCUUGGAUAACUUCACAAAGCAAUUUAGAUCGAUUCUAUGCAAUCAAAUUGACAUGUUCCCUUCAUAUGAUCCUAAUUUGUGUGAGGGAUGCAAUUUGAGGUCAUUCUUAAGAUUUUGUAUAAGGGACAAGAAAACAUUAGAGUAAAAGUUACUCGACGAUUAUUUACACAAGGAUGAAAUAAAACAAAAAAAUAACGAGGAGGUCUAAUAUAUCAAUAAUCUGAAGCAUUUUUCCAUUAGAAUAUGCAAUCUAAAUGUCGAAAGAUUUAAAUGUUUAAUUAUUUUAGAAGAAUAUUAGCAUAAAGAGAAAUAAUCAAUAUCGAAUAAAUUAUUCAAAAAGUAAUUAUUGAGGUCUAUGUCAUCUCGUUCCGCUCAUGUGAGCAAUAAAUUUUUUAAAUUAGGCAUGUACACAAUACUAUCCAUCAAUAAUGAACAAAUUGGACUAGUAAACAUGUACAUUCUACUCGAAAAAUUGUCAUCUUAUUACAGUUUUUUGGAUCUAAAAUUGUUACCUAUCCAAGGUGAGAAUUGCAAGUCUUUUCUAAUACAAACAUACAGUAAAAAAAUAGUGAGUUUUAUGGUGUGUAUCUUUAAUAUCUUCAUUACAAUAUAAAAGAAUAAAACUAAGAAAAUAUUUCUGAAGAUUGAAAUCCUUGAUUGUGAUACGAUAAGCAUCCAAACAGAUGGAGUUGAUCGUAGUGAGUUUUUAGAAGAAUACAAAGGGAAUCUAUAUUUGGUUUAAGUUGAACAGUAGCUUUUGGUGUUUCCAGUGAAUGAUUAAUUAAGGUUUGUGUUUUAAUCUGUAAAAGACAAAGAAUCGUAGGAGAUGAAAAAUUAGUAAAAUGAUUAUUGA